CCUGUAAUGUGUCCGCAGUCUCUGGUCAUCCCCUGUACUGUGUCCGCAGUCUCUGGUCAUCCCCUGUACUGUGUCCGCAGUCUCUGGUCAUCCCCUGUACUGUGUCCGCAGUCUCUGGUCAUCUCCUGUACUGUGUCCGCAGUCUCUGGUCAUCUCCUGUACUGUGUCCGCAGUCUCUGGUCAUCCCCUGUACUGUGUCCGCAGUCUCUGGUCAUCCCCUGUACUUGUCCGCAGUCUCUGGUCAUCCCCUGUACUGUGUCCGCAGUCUCUGGUCAUCUCCUGUACUGUGUCCGCAGUCUCUGGUCAUCCCCUGUACUGUGUCCGCAGUCUCUGGUCAUCUCCUGUACUGUGUCCGCAGUCUCUGGUCAUCCCCUGUAAUGUGUCCGCAGUCUCUGGUCAUCCCCUGUAAUGUGUCCGCAGUCUCUGGUCAUCCCCUGUACUGUGUCCGCAGUCUCUGGUCAUCCCCU